UGUUGUUUGUAUUUUUAUAACAGUGAGUGUUAUUGCAUUUAAUAAAUACAUAUUUUGAGGGAAGAUAAACCUUUAGCAACAUCGGCACCCUCGUCCUCCCGUUUUAGAUGACUCUAGGACGUAAAUAUCAGAAUUCUUCCGGGAAUGCUGGGGAGGCUCGAAAGGUCUAUGCUAGUCAGUCGAAGGUUGGGACGCUCUCUGGGUGCUCAUCUUCUAUUUCACUAUCUGACAUGAUUGAACCACCAGACUAUGAAGAUGUCUGUGACAGGAUGAUGGGUGAGGGUGAUCCUCUUGCCUAUCCAACAAAUGACAUUGAGCUUGUGACAAUACCACGGAAGAUUAGAACUCUGACACAUGUGCUACCUGAUGAAGAUUAUUCAAAAGCUCCUAUGUUUGUCCGGGACUGCAUAAGCUGCUACACUUCAGACUACACAGUUGCAGAAUACAAGUAUCGUAACUACUCAGGGUCAGCCUAUGGUAGAGAACGACUUGCAGAAAGACUUGACAAACUUCUUUUAGCUCCACCACAAAACUAUGAAGUUGAUGCUGAACAUUCAACCUCUAUGGAAGAACUGGCUUCACAACAGCUAUCACUUCAAUUUGAAUCUCAACCGUCCAGUGGUCGGCAAUCAGUUGCUUCUAUUUCUUCAUCAUCUUCCUGUAAUGAAACACUUACUCCUCGAGGGUCUUGGGCCAGUCUUGACCUGAGGAGCUCAUCGUCAGAUCCCUUGCUACCUGACCUGUUUGAAAAAAAGCCUCAGGAACACAUUGAUGCUACUAAUGAAGCUAAAAGGUUGGAAAACCGACAGUCAGAUCUUCUUGGAUUGUAUGCUCCAUAUUUGGAUGAGGAAGAAGCUGUAGAACGGAGAUUAGCUGCUGAAAUGCCCUGUGAACUGAUGGGGCAUAGAAUAUUGGUUAUUUGUCAUCAACUAAAACUGGAACUGGAUGUUGAACCUCUAUUCGCCUCCAUGGCGCUCUACGACGCUAAAGAAAAGCGAAAGUUAUCUGAAAACUUCUAUUUCAACCUAAAUUCGGAAUGUACGAAACAAAUGCUCUCAACACAUAUACCCCAUGCAGAUUUAUCGACGUUAUGUAGAAGUGCUGUGUUUGAUAUAUUGAAUCCGUCGCCUGAUGUGUUUCUUGUAGUACGAGUGGAGAAAGUACUGCAAGGUGACGUCAAUGAGUGCAUUGAACCGUAUAUUAAGGAUGAUAAGAAUCGUGAAAAGGUACGCGCAAGCGCACAAGCUGCAUGUUCGCGCCUCGGCAAGUUUCGAAUGCCGCUCGCUUGGAGCGCUGUUUCUCUGCUCAAUAUAUUAUCUGGCUCUAACAGCUUGGAACGAGACGCCACUGAAAAAGAUGGAACCAAUUCUCAUACUAAUAGUCUAGAUCGCAAAGCAUCAUCUAGCAGUUUAGAACAGUUGCGCAGACGUGCUGGUGAAGUUGGCGGGUCGCUCACUCGCAAAGGAUCCGUCGAACGACGAACGAACAAUACGCAAAAUUCUGAUGACAUCGCGCAUAAUUUGGACACGUUCAAACCAAUUGUUAUCACUGUUACGAGCUUCUUUAAACAGGAAACAGAUAAGCUCAGAGAUGAGGACUUAUACAAGUUCUUGGCUGAAAUCAAGCGCCCUAGCUCUGCACCGAAGAAAUUAAAAUGUAUUCCUGGAACAUUAAAGAUUGAAGUAUCACCCGCGCCUGAAGAAAUUAAGAAUGGCCUUACACCGGAAUUGGCUAAAAUUGUCCCUUACGGAGAUGAUAACGUUCGUCCCUGCAGGGAGAUAUUACCGUUUCCCCUGAUCUCCCCUACCAUCCCGCAUCAGCAGUACCGCAAUCUUUUGUAUGUGUGCAUACGAGAACUCAACUUUAACGCAUUCACAUCAAGGACCGGUUCUGCGAGGAAUAUUACUGUUCGAGUGCAACUAAUGGCGGGUGAAGAACAAAUUGCUGCUUUACCAAAUAUCUUCGGACGUAGCUCGUGUCCGGAGUUUAGUACAGAGGCUUUUACCACCGUACUAUAUCAUAACAAGAACCCAUCGUUAUAUGAUGAGAUUAAAAUUAAAUUGCCAGCUGGUCUGGGCGAUCAGCACCACCUCCUGUUCACGUUUCUUCACGUGGCCUGCCAAAGGAAGCCAGUCGCGCCUGAUCAAGAGAAAAACGUUGAAACUGUUGUGGGAUAUACAUGGAUACCUCUAUGCCGCAAUGGCAAAUUGACGUGUGGCGAAUACAACCUUCCUGUGAUGUGCGAGGAACCACCGGCAAACUACUCUUACAUAUUCCCCGAUGUCUUGUUACCUGGCACACGAUGGAUAGACAACCAUAAACCUAUAUUUAACAUCGCACUGGAAGCGUAUACCACGGUACAUCCGCAGGAUGGGUACAUAGAAAGGUUUGCAAUGGCCUGUGAAGCAGUCCAAGAAGGAAAUAUUCCACCAAGAAUUGGUUUGGCCAAUAUGGAAGCGGAACUAAGAGCUAGCAUUACAGAGCUGCCGACAGCCAACGUAGAAUCCCUUGCCCGUUACUUGCCCGUAGUGGCAGACAAGCUCUUACAAUUGCUAGUGGCGCCACCAUCGCUUGCGGGACAAACGUUAAACAUCGCUCAAGACGUAUUCACUUGUAUUGCCCAUUUGUUUACAGAUAUCACGAAUAUAAACGAUUGCUCAACUUGCGAUGCUCAUGGUCGAAGUAGCUUACUCAGCACCUAUAUACAUUAUCAAUGUCGUAUUCCACGACCAGCGCUUUCCGAUACCGAUAUUGGAUUGCCUUUACCGCCCUCAGUAAUGACGGACGGUUCUUGCAAGAUCCUCCACGAAGAAAUAGCAUUGCAAUGGGUCGUCGCUAGUGGGGCUACACGUGAUCUAGCCAUGAGUAAUUCUUGGACCUUAUUUGAAUUGAUGGUGAAAUCGAUGGUCGAGUAUCUGUACUGGAGCGGCGCACACGAGGCACCUCGUAAGGCUCGCUUUCCGGACCAAUUCACUGAUGACCUUUCCACGCUCGUGACUAAUGUCACCGCUGAAAUUAUUGCCAAAUAUGGCAAAAACAGUCGUCUCACCCAAAGCUUAAAUAACAGUUUGGCGUUCUUCAUGUUUGACCUACUUAGUAUCAUGGACCGUGGCUACGUUUUUAACCUGAUCAGAGGCUACCACAAACAGAUGUGCGCUAAAAUAUCUUCUUUGCCUGAUGCUGUUCCCUUAGUGCAUUAUAAGCUAUCGUUCCUCCGUAUCGUCUGCUCUCACGAACAUUACGUAUCCCUCUGUCUGCCCUCUGGCCCUGGGAGGGCUGCAUCACCAGCGCCCUCUGCCCGCUCUUCAGGCUCGUCUGAGUGCCGCAAUGGAGUAUCUCUAUCGGGAGAGUUCCGAUCUCGGCACUACCUCGCUGGUUUGAUGCUCGCUGAUCUAACCGCUGCUUUGGAGUUGCAAAGUCCAGUUCUCCAAUGUGCUGCAGUGAACGCCGUAUUAUGUCUCCUAAGUGCACAUGACGCUGAUCCGAGACUCAUCCAGCCAGAACUUAAAGCAAGAGUGGCGUCCCUAUACAUGCCAUUAUUGGGUAUUGUAAUGGAUGCCCAACCGCAACUCUAUCGGGGAUUUGACAGUGGUAAAGAAAUAUUACAGUUAGACGGAGAAAUGGGACAAUUUGGAAGUUUAUACCCUGCGUCCUCACCAGAAGGUGAUUUUAAACAGAGUGGUCGCCCGCCCUUCAACAGCGAAACAAGUCGGAAUCUACUGAUGUGUCUUGUCUGGGUACUCCGUUGGGCGGAUCGCUCCGUCUUAUCUUCUGCUGUGGCUGACUUGCCGCCGGCCCGACUUCAUUCGCUCUUCGCCUUGAUUGAUCUGUGCUUCAAAUGCCAGGAAUAUAAGGGUCGCAAAGAAAUAAUGAAAUGCGCGCAACAAAACGUUCGUAAAACAACGGAUAUAAAGGCAAAGUUAGAAGACGUUAUUCUCGGACAGGGAUCUGCAAGGUCCGAUUUCAUAAUGCGGCGUAAAGGUGGAUCAAGUGGGCGCUCAGGCGGCCGUGACCGUUGGCGCAAAGAGUGGGUGAGGGGCGGAACUAGAUCUCGACCAGCUUCCCCCGCCCGUCCGCAACCCGCUCUCGCCGCUACGCUCUCCGCUGAAGUGUCCUUGACCCUAUUACACUCUGUUUGCGCUAUUGUGCAGUCAUGUAGCGGUUCUGAAUGGAGUCAAGCGGCGUGCAGCGGCGCUCUAGGGGUAGUGUUACGCGCACUCCAGCGUAAUCAGAGCACCAGUGUCUUACAGCAUAUGUUCGCUACUGUUCGAGCUCUUAUUCACAAGCUGGGCUGGUCGUGCUGCUCGGAAGAAUGGGGGCCAGGUGUGUGCCGCGUACUGCUGCGUCACUGCGCUGCGUUGGCUGCCUGCUCACGCGCACACGCCUCUGCUACGCUUUAUGCGCUUAUGAGGCAGCACUACCAUCUGGGAAAUAAUUUCAGCAGAAUAAAGAUGCAAGUGACAAUGUCUCUAUCUUCUCUUGUUGGAACUUCUACAACUCUCAGCGAAGAAUCUCUUCGUCGAGCUCUCAAAACGGUUCUGCUGUACGCUGAACAUGAUCAAGAUCUUCAAGAUUCAGCCUUCCCGGAGCAGGUGAAAGAUCUGGUAUUCAACCUACACAUGAUCUUAAGCGACACGGUGAAAAUGAAGGAAUUCCAGGAGGAUCCUGAAAUGUUAUUGGACCUCAUGUACCGGAUCGCAAGGGGAUACCAGCACAGCCCAGAUUUGCGUCUCACCUGGCUUAAUAACAUGGCGCAGAAGCAUAUGGAGCGUUCAAAUCACUUAGAAGCUGGAAUGUGUCUCGUGCAUGGAGCCGCCCUAGUGGCGGAACAUCUACGCGCGAGUGGGCGCGGCGCCGCUCUCUUAGAAAAAGUCACACACAAUGCCCUAGACGAGAGUUGCCCUGACGUACAUCUGCCGCAUCAUCACCUGACUUGUCAGGAAUUGCAGGCUUUACUGGAGCAUGCAGCCGGUGAGUUGAUGACGGCCGGCAUGUAUGAGACGGUUAAUGAGGUGUACAAAGUAUUGAUACCAAUUGCAGAGGAGAACAGAGACUACAAAAAACUUGCAAAUAUACACAGCAAACUGAGCGAGGCUUUUAGUCGUAUAGAGCAGCUUCAUGGGAAACGCGUGUUUGGGACGUAUUUCCGGGUGUCGUUCUAUGGAGCGCGCUUUGGAGACUUGAGCGGAGAGGAAUUCAUUUACAAGGAGCAUGCACUUACUAAACUACCGGAGAUAUUUAGCCGACUUGAGAAUUUCUAUGGCCAAAGAUUUGGUCCAGACAACGUGGUGAUUAUAAAAGAUUCCAACUUUGUGGAUGUCAACACACUUCAACCGGAGAAAGCUUACAUACAGAUAACAUAUGUCGAACCGUACUUUGAGCCUCACGAACUACGAACCAGAAUCACGCACUACGAAAGGAACUAUAAUAUAAAGCGCUUCAUGUACGCGACUCCAUUUACGGCGGACGGACGAGCACACGGCUCAUUGGAGGAACAGUGCAAGCGAAAGACCAUACUUACUACGGCGCAUCAUUUCCCAUACCUCAAGACACGGAUACAGGUUGUUCAGAGGAGUCAAAUGAUUCUGUCGCCGAUAGAAGUCGCUAUUGAAGAUAUACAAAAGAAGGUAAGCGAGCUAUCAGCAGCAACAAUUCAAGAGCCGGCAGAUGCGAAGAUGCUGCAAAUGGUCGUGCAAGGUUGCAUCGGCACUACGGUCAACCAGGGACCUUUGGAACUUGCGCAGGUGUUCCUUGCGCCUGUGGCUGAAGGCACACAGCCUCCAACCAGACUAACGAACAAACUGAGACUCGCGUUCAAAGAUUUUUCUAAAAAAUGCCAAGACGCGGUGCGUAAAAACAAGAACUUGAUAAGCAGUGAGCAGCGGGAAUACCAGCGGGAGCUGGAGCGGAAUCUGCAGCGUUUUUCGGAGAGACUUGCGCCACUUGUACGCGCACCACCUUCGCCUUCACAUGUCGCACAUCUCACCAAUGGCGUAAGCAAAUCCGAAUAUAAGUAUUAAGACAUAUUUGCUGAAUUGAAGCAGUAACACGCGGAAGACUGACUCGUAUGACUUAAGUACUCAUUUAUAUAGAAAACUUUGAUGUGAGGAUCGUAUUAUGGAAAUUGAUAGGGAAUGUGAGAUUGAACAUUAAUGUUCUUUUGCAGGUGUAUAUAGCAAAUUUCAAUAUUCAUAAUGUAUUCGUUUUAUCGUUAUACUGGGAAUUCAAUUUCUAUUUUUGAGUAAAUAAUAUUGCACCGAAAUCUUUGAACCGAGGGCUGUAACACGAAGAAUACGUAUAAUCGCUAUAAUAUUAGGUCCUUACAUAUGAAAUUGUAAUGUUUGUAUGGGAGGAACAAAAAGUCGAAUAUUUUUAAAUAUAAUAUAUUUAAUUAAUCAAAGUAU